CAUAACGGGAAGCAGAUUAUAACAGAAUUUUUCCUUAAAGUUCACCUCAAACGAAAGCUCUCCCUACAAUAUUUUGAUUCUGCUGACGUGAAGAAAUGGAAAUGCUCUUCUUUGAGUUGAGAUUUAAACUCAACACGACGUAAUCCUUCCUUGAUCCUCAUACGAUAAUGACGGCGGAGAUCAUCCGCCCUAAUACGAGCAAUAAGCAGGCUAACCAAGGACAGCCUGAAUGGCAUUAGCCGUCCUAAUAGCAAUGAUGACUGGAUGAGCUGAAACUAUGGCCUCCCCUCCAGAUUGGAUCCAAUCAAUUAUUCAAUUAAUUAAAUGUUCCAUUGGACCGCCUUAUAAAUGGGUUCUUGUCAUCUGUUGUGGACUGCCAUAGUCAUAGAGGAGGAGACGCGGAACGGAGCAUCAGCACAUUUUGAUUUUCCUCAUUCACAAUCAAAAUGAAGUACGGCCGUGUGAUGGAGCUACAGGAGGAUUUCUACAUCCCCAUCCCACUGGAUACGGACAACAUCACGUCUCUCAGCCCCUUCCUGGUCCCCCAGGACCAUCUAGCAAGCUCAGGCAUCUUCUAUAUGAUGGCUGUAUUCAUGUUUUUUAUAUUUAUUUUUGGCACUCUCAUCAACGCUCUUUCGGUUGCAUGCACCAUCCAAAACAAGAAGCUCCGGUCCCACCUCAACUACAUCCUGGUGAACUUGGCCGUGUCGAACCUUCUCAUGGCCGUUGUCGGCUCCUUCACCGCCUGCUGCUCCUUUUCAAACAAAUAUUUCAUCCUCGGACCGCUAGCAUGCAGGAUAGAAGGUUUUAUGGUAACGCUUGGCGGUAUGGUGAGCCUGUGGUCUCUUUGUGUGAUUGCUUUUGAAAGAUGGCUGGUCAUCUGCAAGCCACUCGGUACCUUCAUUUUCAAGCCCGACCAUGCUAUAGCCUGCUGUGUGAGCACCUGGGUGUUGGCGCUGCUUGCCUCAGCUCCUCCUCUGUUUGGAUGGAGCAGGUUCAUCCCAGAAGGCCUGCAGUGCUCCUGUGGUCCAGACUGGUACACCGCCGACAACAAAUACAACAAUGAAACCUACGUGAUGUACCUCUUCAUCGGCCACUUUGCAAUUCCUCUCGCGGCCAUUGUCUUCUGCUACGCGCAGCUCCUCAUUACACUGAAAAUGGCAGCGAAGGCCCAAGCAGAGUCUGCCUCCACCCAGAAGGCCGAGCGGGAGGUGACCAGGAUGGUGUUCCUCAUGGUUCUUGGCUUCCUGGUGUGCUGGUUGCCUUAUGCCUCCUGCGGGCAACCUUUCGACUUGAGGUUUGCUUCUAUACCGUCCGUCUUCUCCAAGGCCUCGACAGUCUACAACCCGUUCAUUUACAUUCUCCUCAACAAGCAGUUCCGGGCAUGCAUGAUGAAGAUGAUGGGGAUGGGAGGAGCUGAUGAUGAAGAGUCGUCGACAUCGUCAGUGUCAAAGGUCAGUUUCAUCCACCCAGCAGGCUCCUCACAGGCUUCUUUUGCUUAA